AUGAUAACCAUCAAGUCUUCUUCCAUAAUCGUUCCAAGCGAGCCUACCCCAAAUGGGAUAUUAUGGUUAUCAGAGAGCGACCAAAUGAUGCAGUGCAAUCACGAGCCCCUCAUCUUUAUUUACAAACCCAACAACAAUAAGGAUGAUGGCAUCCUACCAUUUUCAUCUGAGACAAUGAAAAGUUCUCUAAGCCGUGCAUUGCUUCACUACUACCCACUAGCCGGCCGGCUACGGCAGGCCCAAGGUGACCGGUUUGAACUCGAUUGCAAUGCCAAGGGAGCGAUCCUAUUGGAAGCAUACUCUGAAGCAGAAAUGGAUGAUUUUGGCGAUUUUGCACCAACCGAGAAAAUCUAUGAUCUUGUUCCCAAGGUUGAUUAUAGCACUCCAAUUGAGGAGUGGCCGUUGUUGUUGGUGCAAGUGACAAGAUUUCGUUGUGGUGGCAUUUGUGUUGGAAUAGCCAUAUCCCACACUGUGGUCGACGGAACGUCCGUAGCUACCUUUAUUAGCUCAUGGGCCAAGUUGGCUCGAGGAGUCAAUCUGAGGCCCGAAGAGAUUCCGUUUGAAGAUCGAACUCUCUUACGAUCAAGUCAACCGCUUAUGCCUCCGCGCUUUGAUCAUAUGGAAUUUUCUAAGCCUCCACUCUUAAUAGGGCAGAGCAAAAGAAAAAAAACUAGUGUCGUCUUGUUGAAAGUCACUAGAGAGCAAGUCGAGGGACUACGGAAGAAGGCCAAUGAGAUAUCAAAUGAUGAGACGAACAUGGUGAAACCGAUACCCUAUACUCAAUACGAGGCCAUUGCCAGCCACAUAUGGCGGUGUGCAUGUAAGGCACGUGCAGGCGAUGACCGUCAACCGACAAGAGUUCGUAUUGUAGUAGAUAUCCGCAACCGGUUGAAGCCACCUCUUCCUCGAGGAUACUUUGGCAAUGCAAUUUUCCCUACUGUGACAUCGACACGUCUUUAUGGCGAGCUCUUGUCCAAGCCAUUGAGCUAUGCUGCUGGAGUUAUUAGGGAAGCAACUGAUAGAAUGACAAAUGAGUAUAUAAGGUCUGCUCUUGAUUUCGUUACCAGUCAGGAGAAAGCGAGUUCAUUGAGGAUCAACGUUGUCGUCCAAGGAAACGCAGAAGCAUCUUUCCCAGGGAACCCCAACCUUGUCAUUGCGAGCUGGAUAAAGCUUCCUUUUCAUGUUGCAAAUUUUGGGUGGGGAAAGCCUCUCUACGGUGGUCCAGGGAUGCUAACUGUUGAAGGCAAGUCAUUCAUCAUGUCAAGUGCUGCUAAUGAUGGAUCUCUGAUCAUAGCACUCUGUUUGCAAACACAAUGCAUGGACUCUUUUAAGAAGUUCUUCUAUAAGGACAUGAUUUAACUGUUGUUGCUUUCUUUCUUUUACU